AUGGACGGUCAGACGAAGCUCACUCGAACGAAUUCCUCACUCCUCAGCUCAUCCACAACCAUCCGCUCAUCCAUCCACAACUUGUCUUCGGUGAGCGAGAUCGCGCCCGAUUCCGACGCGGAGGAUCUCGAGGAGCAGAAGCCCCACAGCAGGCCGCUUCCAUCACCGGUUCGCUCCGGUGUGGCGGCGCCUGUGGCCGCCGCCUUCCUCCUCCUCUACGCGCUCUUCGCCUUCUUCACUUCGAACGAUUUAGCCACCUCGGAGAGUCUGCUCUCAGCUUUAAUUUUCGUCAAGAUUUUUCUGUGUUUGCUCUCGAGAAACAAAUGUUUAGUGAGCAGGAAUGUCAAUUUCUUCAAGCAAAUCUGCGAUGAGUAUGGGAAGAGGUUAGGAUUUUUGCAUUUCGCUUCGAGAACUCACUCGAAGCCUGUGCAAUGGUUCAUCGGCGAGGCGGAAUCGGAGGAAUUGGAGAGUAGGAAGAUUGUUCGGGAAGGUGUUGAGUUUUACAGCAAUGACGAUUUCUACGCAGGGGAGUUUCAUAAGAGCAUCUCCAGAAAGAAAAAUACGAGCAAAAAUACAUAUUCAUAA